AUGUAUCGGGUCCGUGUCUUCUCUUCCUGUCUGGUCUUGCUGGCUCUUGCCUUCUUCGUGGGCCAGUCGACAGCCUCCCUGGGUGACCACCUGCCCGAUUUCAAAGAAUGCGUUCAGGUUUGUAAGACAGAGAAUUGCCAGAACGGCAAUUCCGUGCUACCGCUUCACCACCGCCUCCUCCUAUGGACCUGCCCGGCUGAAUGUGACUAUACUUGUCAACAUGUCAUUACCGACAAGCGAGUCUCGCGUGAUCCCCCGAUGCUUACCCCGGUGGUCCAAUUCCACGGCAAAUGGCCCUUUCGCCGGAUCCUGGGCAUGCAAGAGCCUUUCUCUGUGCUCUUCUCCUUCCUCAACUUCGCCGCGCACUGGCACGGCAUGUCCCGUAUCCAGGAGACCAUCCCCGCUUGGCACACCCUUCGCCCAUACUAUAUGAUGUUUGGAUAUAUUGGCCUGGCUAGCUGGACUUUCAGCAUGCUCUUCCACACCCGGGACUUCCCCAUCACGGAAAAGUUGGACUACUGGGCAGCGGGGGCUAGUGUUCUGUACGGUCUGUACCUCUCCGUGGUGCGUAUCUUGCGGCUCGACCUCGAACAGCCUCAGUACCGGCCCACCCUUCGACGCUUCUGGACAGCGCUCUGCCUCGUCCUAUAUACACUCCACGUCUGCUACUUGACAUUCUGGUCUUGGGACUACACGUACAAUAUGAUUGCCAAUGUAGUGGUUGGCAUCAUCCAGAACGUCCUCUGGACCGGGUUCAGUAUCUUCCGGUAUAAAAAGUACCUCAAGUCGUGGACUGCCUGGCCUGGUAUGAUUGUGGCGUGGAUUAUUCUGGCUAUGAGCUUGGAACUGCUCGACUUCCCUCCCUGGAAGGGAUUGAUUGAUGCCCACAGCCUUUGGCAUUUGGGGACCGUGGUCCCUACUGCAUGGUGGUACUCGUAA